AUGCUUGCUCCUUCUAUAUUGAAUCCAAUCUCGAAGAUUGAUGUCCAGCAAUGUAUGAAGUUCACAUUUCUGCUGAACUUCACUACUACUACGGGGCUAGUUGGGUCAUUUGAGUGUGGCACACCUGAAUGGAGAAGUAUCGCUGCGCAGCAAUCAGCUACGUCAAGUGGCGAGACGGGCAGCGAAUCUUUUCAGAGGCCUCAGUAUGAGCUCAGCGCAAAGAUAAUGGAUCUCUUCGAAGGCGCCGAUAUAUUGACGUAUGGCCCAAGUCCCGAUUUCGUGUCUGAGUACUUCGGUCAAGGCGGAGAAUCUGAUCUUACUCGACGUAUUGUACACAAUAUACGCGAUGCUACAAUCGUAACGCGACGUAAGGACGACAAACAACCUUUGUGGUCCGAUUCAUUGGAAGCUAUGUCUUACGAUUUCUUCUCUCUCGCCAAGUUGCACAAGUUUCUGGGUCUGUUCUGGUCUUGCUGGUAUCCCAACUGGCCGGCAAUACACAAACCUUCGUUUAGAUUGUCCGAGGCUUCGAUAACGCUGGUGAUCUCUAUGACCGUUCUUGGAGCAUGUCUUUCACCGGAUGAGCGAGAGCGCGCCAAAGCAACCUUGUGGUUCAGUGCGACUGAAGAGUUGGUAUUCAGCAGCGACAUCUGGUCACAAGAUCUAGCCCAAGCAUGGCAAAACUCCGAUCAUACAGCGCAGCGUCAAUCGCAGCUUGAAAUUAUUCAAGCUGCUUAUUGUGUCACACUUAUCCAUACCUGGGAGGGAUGCAAAGAGCACGUACUGCGUGUUCGAAGACAGAGAUACAAUGCCAUAAUCAGCAUGCUGCGCGAUAUAGGCUUAAACCAGGCCACUCUCAGAGACGUAGACACAUCUAAUGUCACGAAAUUCGACUGGACGGAAUUUAUCCAGCGGGAAUCACUAGUCAGGAUCUGUACAUAUGUGUUCAAUCUAGAUGGUGGCUUCGCGCUGUUCUACUACCAUCCUACUCGCAUGCUAUUACGAGAAAUGGUCAUUGAUCUGGCCACACCAGAAGCGUGCUUCCAGGCUGGAUCCGCCGAGGAAUGCUUUGUAGAGCUACGGUCCUGGCGGCAUAGCUUGUACCCAAGUCGCAUUUUAACCCUCGUAGACGUAGUCCGGUCUAUCUGCUCUGAAGAGACGUCACGCGAGAUCGAGCAUUUGCUCGCUCGAGCAAGCACUUUGAACAUGUUCACAAUUAUAAUUGCCUUAUACUCCCUAGUUUCUCAAGUUGAGAGCUCUCUCGUCGUUACCGUUGAUGACUCUUCUUUGCGGAAUGGUCUGGAACGCUGGAACACGUUUUGGCCAUCUUCAGCACGACAAGAAGAAAUCGAGAAAGGAAAUAUGGACUAUGAUUCGUCUUGGAGGCGAAUUGGAUUCAUGCGUCAUGCGCCAGAGUUUUGGUUGAUCAGCCAGCUCAAGCUUGAUCGAUUGAGCAAGCAGAGAAAAGAGGGACUCGUCGCGGACCUCCUGGAUACGCAGUACGAUACUACAACUAUGGGUGGAUUGGAGAGUCUCAUCCGAGAAUUUCAAGCAUCAAAGAUAUCCGUAACCUAG